GAUCUACUGAUACAAGAUUACGGACUCGCAACGUAUACCCUAAAGCCAAUUUUAUUUAUAAAAAAGGUGAGACCAUAGUCGUAAUGGCCACCUUCUUUUAAAUUAUAUUUUAUUUUGUAAAUAUUUAUUGACUACCAAGAAAAAUUUAUUUGCUGUAAACAAUCAUCAAGUUUACUGUAUCUGACCACUAUAAUGGGAGUACUUAAUUUCACUGGAAUUUUAGAAUGCAGAGAUAGAAUUAGUGUAGAUUUCAUAAAUGAACUUGAUACAGAUGACCUCAUAUAUGAAGUACCUUCUGUCAACACUGUAACUCUCAAGUCAUGCUCUAAAAGAAAAAGGUUGAAGUCUUGUAAUAGGAUCUAUGAUUUUCGAGAUUAUGGGAUUGAUCAGAGAAGAUCAGGAAUAAAACAUCAGAGAAGAAAGGAAAACAUGAAUGAGUUGCUACAAAUUGCUGGAGAGGAUGCUGAACAAUGGGCUUGUGAUGAAAUGUUAGUGACAGCAUUUACUGAUCUUUUUCUUGAUUGUGAAAAAAUGAAGGUAUGGGAAAGUUUUGUCAAUCUAACUGAUGAUGAGCAACAUCAAAUACUGAGUGAAAAUCAUUUAAAUAGACAGAAGCAAUCUGCUAACUUGAUGCCUGGUAGUGGUGUGUUACAGACAGAAGAUAUAAGGUAUCUUCAAAUAGAUCAAAAAAUUCGCGAUAUGUUACGAAGUAAACAUAUGCCAAGCAUGGGUUUAUUGAAGUAUUAUGAAAAUGAUGUAAUGUCUUGCAUGGAAGAUGAGUUUCCGUCCUUGUUAAUUUUCAAUCUUGAGGAAAAAUUUGAUCGCAUGUUGGUCUAUGCUAUAUGUCAGUUCUUUGAACUUCCAGUUUCACAGAUUCGUUUACAAACGACGACCUUGAUAGAAAUUGAACUACCAGUAACAACUUCACCUGAAUUGCUUCCUCGAUAUACACUUACUGGAUAUCUUGAAAAUAAAUUUAAAAAUUUAUCAAAAUUUUUAUAAACGUUAAUAAAAUGCUAGUUUUCGUGAAACUUGUUUGAAGAAUUCUCUGUUUGCUGCUUUAAAGUGUUGCGUAUGUAGUUACUGUUCACAAGUGUUCGAUGUACCUACUUCAAAAUGGUCCUUCAAUAUUGAUUUUUUUUUUUUUUUAAUCUCGAGCUGUUCAAUAAUAAACUAGUUUUAUCCAAUAUAUAAAGUUUUUUACUAUAUUUUUGAAAGUUAGCUCUACUAUAUUUGAAAUAGUUGUUACCAAGAAUCUACAUAUUACUAUUUAAA